AUGGCGUCGCGCGCGUGGGGAGUUGCCGCCGCGGCGGCCUCGUCUCGUUCCCUCGCCCGGCCGGUUCGCAAAGCGUGGGUGUCCCUUUCUGCCUCGUCUGCUGCUUCUCAUCGUUUGGUGGCUUGCUCGCCUCUCUCACCUGCGUCUGCCUGCGCCUCUGCGCCAUCGGCGUGCGCGUCAUCUGUGCUGUCGCGCGGCGGGUUCGCCGCCUUCUCCUCGGCGUCGGACGGCGGGAAAGCCGACUCUGGGCGCCACAGCUCGUCCUACCGUUCCUCGCACUCGCGUUCAUCGCAUCAGCGGCGCGGCGCCUCGGUGUCGGGCUCUUCAAGCAGCUUCAUCAAGUCGGUGCUUGCGCAAGUCAAGGAAGACAUGGAGAAGAACAAGGAACUGCAGAAGGCGAUGGAGGACUUGCGCGCCUCCUCGCUGUCGCAGAAGAGCGAGAAGCUGAGUACGCGUGUGCAGGAGGCGGCGUCGGCUGCGAGCGCCCUCGCCAGUCAAGUCGCCUCGCAGACACAGAGCUUGCUGGGAGACGCGAGCGAGAAGGCGACCCGGGUGAAUCAGCUGCUCAAGGAUAAGGCUUUUACGCCCGUGCAGAAGGCCACAGAGGAGAACGCGACGCUCCGCGGGAUCGCACAGAUAGUGGGGAAGGCUGGCGAGGGCCUGAAGGGGGCCUUUUCGAAGGUCGCGAGCGCCGCGGAGAUCUUCCGCGACGACGUCGACGACGCAGAGAAGAAGGCAGCCAAGUGGCGACAGGACAUGGCUGUGCAGAGAUACAAGGAACAGGAGGAGCGGAAAAAGCGCGAGCAAGAGCAGAUGGAGCGGAAGGAAAAGGGCGAGGCCGAGCCCACUGAGGCUGACGCGGAGAAGAAGAAAGGGGGCGACGAGCAGACCGCGUCGAGCCACGAAGAGCCGCGCGAAGACGCCCUCAUUCUCUCGCAGAGAACCUCCUGGGACCGAUUCUCCUCACGAUUCAAGGACAUGUCCUUCCUACAAAACUUCUUCGAGAACCCGCUGAUGGCGCAGCUCUUCGGCGAGACGGAGGUCGCCGCCUCGAUUCGCGAGAUGAAGAUCAUUGACCCGAAAUUCAAACUCGGGGAGCUGCACAACCUUAUGGAGCGUGUCAUUGCGGCGCACAUCGUCCAGGCCUUCCUUCUGGGGGAUGAGGAGACGCUCGCCAUCCACUGCGCAGAGGGCGCCUUCGCGGCUCUCCGCGCGUCGAUCGUCGAGAGGCGAGCGCAGCGCGUGCGCCUCGACAGCGAAAUUCUUCAUCUGGGCAACGUGGAACUUGUCGGCGCUCGACGCAGCCUGACGCCGCCGGUGUGCGCAUCGCAGAAGAUCUCAGAGGACGAGUGUCCGUGGUUCGUCUACACGUUCGCAUGCCAGCAACUCAACUGCCUGCGGUCGGAAGUCGACGGCAAAAUUGUGGAGGGUCGUGCAGACGACAUCCGCAGAGUUCUUUACUCGGUUGCCAUCGCCAAGCAUCCUCGACCCGAAACCGAAGGCCUGCUGUACCCCUGGAUGAUUCGCGAAAUCGCCAUUAUCGGCAGCGAGGCAGUUUGGUAG